AUGGGUUUAUCCAGAAAAACCUUUUGCCUCUUCUUUUUAUUUCUGGUCCUCCUUACCAAUCUUGAGCUCAUCCCACCAGCUAAAUCUGCUCCUGAUAACACCAACUUGGUGUACAAGGGCUGUGCAAAGCAGUCUUUAUCGGAUCCAACUGGGGUUUACUCUCAAGCCCUCUCAGCUCUUUUUGGUUCUUUGCUUGCACAGUCCUCAAAGGCCAAGUUUUUCAAGACUACUACUGGUAGUGGCCAAACCACAAUCUCUGGUCUCUUUCAAUGUAGAGGUGACCUCAGUAAUGUUGACUGCUACAACUGUGUAAGCAAGUUACCAAUACUCAUUGACAAGCUCUGUGGUAAACCCGUUGCUGCAAGAAUCCAACUUUUGGGGUGCUACAUGCUCUAUGAGGUAGCUGGGUUUUCCCAAAUCUCUGGUCUAGAGAUGCUGUACAAGACUUGUGGUGGAACAAAUGUUGCAGGAGUAGGGUUUGAACAGAGAAGAGACACUGCCUUUUCAAAUUUGGAGAGUGGGGUGGUGAGUGGAGGUGGGUUCUAUACAACAAGCUACGAGUCUGUGUAUGUGUUGGGCCAAUGUCAGGGUGAUUUGGGCAGUAAUGACUGUGGUGACUGUGUGAAAAGUGCUGUCCAGAGAGCUCAGGUUGAGUGUGGAAGCUCCAUAUCAGGCCAAAUCUAUCUCCACAAAUGCUUUAUUAGCUACAGUUAUUAUCCUAAUGGGGUCCCCAAAAGAUCAUCAUCUUCUGCAUAUUCAUCUCCUUCUUCAUCAGGGUCAGGACAAAAUACAGGGAAGACGGUGGCAAUUAUCUUAGGAGGGGCAGCAGGAGUGGGGUUCCUUGUGAUUUGCAUGAUGUUUGCUAGGAAUUUACUGAAGAAACAUGAUGAUUAUUGAAGAGAGCAGAUGGAUUUUGGAAGAACCAAAGUUCUUUCUGAGGUGGAUUAUUUCCUUACAAUUUUCCUGCAAAGAGGGCCAGAGUUUUUUUUUUCUUAUUGGGGUUUAUUUUUAUUUUUAUUUUUUAGGGGGGGUGUUAUUGUAGAAAUUCUAUUAUACUUUCUAAGAAAUUGUUGAGUGAUAGAGAAAAAUUGUGGGGGUAUGAAAAUGAGAAUGAAAUUUGGGAAAUUAAAGAAAGGGGUGUAAGAAUGAAUGUUUGUUGAUGCUGAAAAAGAUGGGAAAAGCACUCAUGGGGGGUUUUGGCCUUUUGUUGCUCAAUGCCAUGUGUUUCUCUGGCACUUUUCUCUCUUGUCUCGGAUAAUGCUCCUCCUGUUGUCUU